AUGCUGGCCAAGUCUCUUUUCUCAUCCUCCCUGGCCGCUGUGGCGCUGCUGUCGCCGUCGGUCUCGGCCCAGGACAAUUCCAACUCCACUGGCCCUGACGCCGAUGGCAAGUACUGGCUCUACGGCAACGGCAUCACGGCCUCGUUCAUACCCUACGGCGCCUCGAUCUCCAACCUGUUCAUCCAUGACCAGUACGGAAUCGUCCGCGACCUGGUGGGCGGCUUUGACAACGCCACCUAUUACGGCAUUGACCGCCAACACCCGCACUUUGGCGGUGUCCCGGGCCGGUACGCCAACCGCAUCAAGAAUAGCACCUUUGAAAUUGACGGCACUUCGUACAACAUCCUGCCCAAUGAGAACCCGGCGCCGGGCCACCCCGCCGGUGUCGACACGCUGCACGGCGGCCCUGACGGCUGGGACUGGCGCAACUUCACGGUUGUGUCGCACACGACCAACAGCAUCGUCUUCAAGAUUGUGGACCAGGACGGCGACCAGGGCUUUCCUGGCGAGGUCGUUUCGUACAUCACGUACACGCUCGGCGACCACACGUGGAACUUCAAUAUGCUGGCCUUUGCUACCACCAAGAAGACGCCCAUCAUGCUGAGCAGCCACACGUACUGGAACCUCGACGGCUUUGCCAACAACGAGACGAACCUCGUGCUGAACCACUCGCUGCACCUGCCGUACAGUGGCCAGCGUGUCGCCGCGGAUAACAUCCUGAUCCCGACGGGCGACAUCCUGGCCAACCAACCCGGCUCCCUCAACGACUUCUGGACAGCCCCCAAGCAGAUCGGUGCCAACUUCUCCAACCCAGACCUGCUCGGCAACUGCGGCUACAACUGCACCGGCUACGAUACUUGCUACCUCGUCAACCGCGACAAUGACGGCCAGCAUGGCUGGCGCGACGAGGACAACUACGUCGCGCGCUUGCACUCGCCCUGGUCUGGCAUCCAGCUCGACAUCUACUCGGACCAGGAAGCCUUCCAGGUCUAUUCGUGCGGCGGCCAGAACGGAUCGAUGGCGCUCAAGAAGACCCAGGGUCUCUUUGGCAACAACGGCUCCGCCCCCAAGUUCCCGCGCACCAUUCCCCAGUACGGCUGCCUUGUCUUGGAGGUCGAGGACUGGAUCGACGCCAUCAACCAGCCCGAGUGGGGUCGCCAGAGCAAGCAGAUCUUUGCGCCUGGCGAUGCGCCGUUUGAGCUGCAGGCAACGUACAAGUUCAGCAUCAACACCACGACGACGCCAGCGUAA